GCGGUGAUGGCGGCGGGACGAGGGGAGUUUUUUCGAAGUUUCCUGGAGGGUUUGGAGAGGCAGCUCGCCCAGCAGGGUCCAGGGAGACGGCCGCCGGUUCGUGGCAGAGGAAAGCCCGGUUCGGGCGGACUACAGGCGGGUCCGGACCAUAGACGUGCGGGCGGCAGAAGGCAGAAGAGACGGCCAACGGCCGCACCGAGCCCGGCCAGCGGGAGUGAUCACAGCCGCUUAGAACCAAGGACAGAGGAAAAGGAAACAGAUUUUCUCCAAAGGCUCCCGUCUGAGAUUCUGGUUAAGAUUCUGUCGUACCUGGACGCCGCCUCGCUGUUUUGCAUCAGCCAUGUCAGCAAACUCUUCCAACAGCUUGCCAAUGAUGAUGUCAUGUGGCAUAAGAUUUACAUGUCAGAGUUUGGGAGUCAAACGUGGAAGCCAAAGUCGUUGGAUGAUGCAGCGGUGCAGAGGGGCCCGGCGGGGGCGGGGGAUCAGUCAGUGGGCCACUGGAAGAAAAUGUACUUCAAGACUGUGGCAGGACAAGAGAUGAGCAAGUGGAGGAGAAAGCUGAGAGACAUCAGCCCAUACACUGGGUUACCCAGACAGACGGAGUGGGUCCUCAGGAACCUGAAUGUGAGCUGGGAGUUGAUGGUGUGUGAUUGCUGGGGACAGGAGCACCGGAUGGAGCAGAGCCGAGCCUACUUCUUCGAGUCCUCUGUGAUCAUCCGCUGGAGCGGAGGCAGCUUCACCAGCUACCAUCACAUCAGCAGCAUCCAGCUGCACGGAGUGAGGAAGGAGACACUGAGGAGCCCCGAUGUCAGGAACAGGCCUGACUGGCGGUCUCUGAUUUUAAAGCUGGACAUGAGGACUCAGCCUGGUCGCUUCAUCGGCAAAGACAGACUGAUCAAACUGAUGUACCUGUCCCCAGGUGUCAUCAUCGGCGUAUGGAGGGGUCAGAGCAGCGUUGCCUUCAUCAUGGUCAGCCUACACUUCCACAAGCUGGUGGAGAAGAGUCUGCUGGGAUCUCCAGUCUGCCCGUACUCUGAACCUCUGGACCGACCGCCUGCGUACAACUUGGACCCUGAGUUUGGUCUGCACGGCUACACUCUGCACUUUGUCCUGCAUAACACCGGCACUGAGAUCAUGUCAGGACUCUUCCACCAGCUCUCCUGUCGCACAGCUCAGAUCCAGCAGGGACUGGUGGAGCUGAAGGUCAUCAGCAGGAACGACUUGUCCCAACACCGAUCGCUGUCUGGAAACGUCAAGCUGCCGUGGAAAAGCGAUGCUCUGGAGGGCUCAGUGGAGAACUGCUGCAUCAUGACGCUGACUCUGCUGGAUGAGUUCCAGAAACCCUUCUGGUGUGUCAGCUCACCCAUUUUCAUCACGAUGGCGAAGAGGCCGCUGUCCUUCGACUACGGCGGCGAGCACUUUCUGAUGGAGUACGGGAACUCGGACGGUAAGGUGAAGAUGAUGCUGGUCUGGUUAAAGGAGCAGAAGCAGUUUUUCCUCAUCAGCCUCACCGUUUACGUUUCUGUUUUCAAAGUCAACGCACAUUUCAGCAGAGACUACGGAAGCUGAACUGGAACAUUUUGGUUUAUGAUCUUUACAGUUCCGAUGCAGAGGCUUCGAGUUUUUCGUGUAUUUAAUCAGUUGUUUACAAAAUGUCUCUUCUUUGUGGUUUUUGUUGAUGAAUUUAUUAUUUAAAAAUUGAUUCUGUAAAGAAAAGAGAAUAUAUCAGAAGCUAAUGCUGGUGAAGCUUUGUUUGUUUGUUUGGGCUGUUUUUCACCAGAAAAAUAAACAAAUUUCAUUUUCCAUUUUGUUCCUGGUGUCGGUCCUGAAAAUGCAAAGCAGAAAGGACUAAACAUUAAGUUAAACUUAAUUUGGCUAAUCAGUAAUUUUAGUUUCGAUCACAAACACAUGGAUCGAAUUCACAGGUGAAUAAUACAUUUCUCUUUAAAGAUUCUAUACAAG